GCACAGAGCCUUGAGAUGCAUCCGCCUCACCUAAAGCCAGUGCAGGAGACCCCAGCUCUGGGUGGAGGCGGGUAGCCUCCAUACUCGCUCUUGGGCUAGAGGAGAUCCGGUGCCCUUCUGCCGAUAGAGGCAGUCUUAGAUUGUCUCACUGGACAAGAGCUGCAGCCUCUGCCACCGUGCCUCUGCCACCGUGCCAACUCUUCCGGAAGAAGCUUAGCUUGCUCUCAAAGUGGCUCCUGAAGGUGUUUAUUGGAUUGUUCAGUUAUCACCCAUUCGUGGAACAGUUGACAAGGACAUUGAAAUAAUUAUCAGAUGCAAGUGUGAAUGAACAUAUUUACACUGCGUGAAAAAGUGAAGAGCCCAAGCGUCUGGGAGGAGCAAACAUGGUCAACUUGAUUGGAUGUGGAGUCAAGCAGAAGGCAAACUGCUGGGCAUUCCUGUGAGGGAUUUUCUUGAUCAGCUUAUGACACACUGUGCAGUGCGCUCAGGUGGCAACCUGUACAAAAGGGAAACGGAAGAUGGAAACUCGGCUUUUCGCCUGUUUGCCUUGGCUUGCUGAUAAGUGUCUAUCCUGUUCCUGCCACUAAGGAGUUCCUUUGAUGACGUUAGAAUCAUCGUCUUCCAGCUGCCAAUUCAGACUGAAGACCAACAGCUCUCUAGGAACCCUCCAGGCCUUCAGCACCGUAUUGGGACUGCUGAGACACCCACCCUUCAGGCAUCCCGUGCGAGCCUCCUAGGAUCUACACAGAGGAUCCAGUACUCUCCCACACAUGUGUCUCAUGUUUGCAGUUUCAGUUGACUCUGGUUAUCGUUGGGCUAAAGUCUUUCUCCUCCAUUCUGCAAACCUCAUAAGGAGCGCUGAGACCCAUGAUCUCCCAGACCUGAGCAAUGGCACUUGCUCAGUGUUUACCGAGUGACAGUUUUCCCUGCUUGCAUAGUGAGGUAGCCUUCAUGGCUGUUCCACACCACUCACAGGAGACUUCUUAUCUGCUGCCUCCAAAUCCUGAGGACUGGGAGGAACAAGGCAUCCCGGACUUUGUCUAUGGACAAAAGGAUCUCGUUGGCGAGGAAGUUCAGUGGCCAAGGAAUUCACCUAGUGCUGUGGACUCACUGCCGCUCUCCCGCUUUGACUCUGCCCUCUGCUCUGCAUGGAGGCAGCGGGUGGAACUGGGCCUGUUUCGAUACCGCCUAGAAGAUCUGCAGACCCAAAUCCUCCCUGGUUCCGUGGGGUUUGUAGCUCAGCUGAAUAUAGAGCGAGGGAUACAGAGGAGGCGCCCCCAGAAUAUCAAAAGUGUGAGGCAAGAGUUUGACCCGGAACAGUUUAACUUCAAUAAAAUCCAACCUGGAGAAGUCCUUUUCCGUAUGCAAAGGGAGCCUAAUGGCCCAGCUGCUCCAAAGCAAGAGGAGGUCCUUGUAGUGAUCAAUGUCAGCCCCCUGGAGUGGGGCCAUGUGCUGCUGGUGCCUACACCUGCUCAUGGACUUCCCCAAAGGCUGCUGCCUGGAGUGCUACGUGUGGGGCUAGAAGCUGUCCUACUGAGCUUGCACCCAGGCUUCCGGGUGGGCUUUAACAGCCUGGGAGGUCUGGCCUCUGUGAACCAUCUUCACCUGCAUGGCUACUACCUGGCCCACCCACUGCCUGUGGAGGGAGCGCCAAGCACACCCCUGGACCCAAAAGGUUGUAUACAUCUCCUGCAGGCCCUCCCUGCUCCUGGCUUUCUCUUUUACACGAGUGGGCCAGGACCUGAUUUGGAAGCGUUAAUUCGCAGGGUAUGCCGAGUUACUGACUACCUGAGUGACCAUGAGAUUGCACAUAACUUAUUUGUGACCCGGGGAGCUCCGCCUGGGCAGACAUCAUCUACCUCAGGCCUCAGUGGGAUCCGAGUCAUCCUGUGGGCCCGGAAGUCCAGCUUUGGAAUAAAGGAAAGUGGGGCCUUUAAUGUUGCCCUCUGUGAGCUGGCUGGCCACCUCCCUGUCAAAACAUCUCAAGACUUCAGCAGCUUGACAGAGGCAGCUGCAGUGGCCCUCAUUCAGGACUGUCUGCUGCCCCAAACUCAGGCAGAUGAGGUACAGGCAGCGCUGGUGGCCCUGAUGGCCCAGGAAGCACUGUGAUCCUUCAGGAGUGUUUUCUUUGGGGACUGAUUUGAAGCCCUUUCCCAAAGGCUGUGGUUCAGUCCAUUUGUGUGUUUCAUUUCAUGACUGCCUUCCCACUUCCCCACUUAAGGACUGCAAAGAAAGCACUGAGUGAAUGUGUUCCCAUGGACAUUUCUGCUGCCUCUCACCUCUCUUCUUAGACAAGCCCCAGGGUAACAGAUCUACCAUGAAGGGCCAGAUCCUACCAUUUCAGAGGGAAGAAUGCUUGGUGCCGAGUCUGUUGACCUGAGUUCAACCACCAGAACCCCUAGGGUAAAGGUUGUCUUCUGACUUUCACAUGUGCACCAUGACAUACACACGUGCAUACACACACAUACACAC